AUGGUCAACCUCUACUUUCAACCAGAUGCGCAGCUUACGCCUCAGGACCGCAUGGUCCUAGACAUCUUGCAGAAGGACUACGACAGACACAAGAAAGCCAGUGGCAAUGAGCAGCAGCCUUCCGAGGACCCGGACGAUUUUGGACAGAAGCAGGCACGCUUCGACUCAGCGUCACCAGAAGAUGCUGAAGAAGCUCAGGAGCAGGCGCUCGCGCACAUGAAAGAGCUCAACAAUCCCACCUCUGACCAAUUCGAACCCACCGUCUUUGUAAUGGUCGACUACCCGAACAUCACGAAUCCUAUCCUUCGCAAAUAUAUAAUCGAACCAUACGUACGAUGGGGCCGCUCUGCUGUGCGCGUCGACACCGACGUCGUCAUGCUCACACACCUGCUUCUGUAUCUCACCACGAGCAUACCAUCUGCAAUCUACCUCUUCUACAACUUCCACUGGUGGCACGGCCCGCUACAUUCCAUCAUGCAGCUAUACUACAUGGGGUCGUACACUUUGAUGAUGCACCAGCACAUACAUAUGCGUGGCAUAUUGAACAAGGCAUACUCAGCAGUUGAUCUCGCUUUCCCAUAUAUUAUGGACCCGCUCAUGGGCCAUACGUGGAACUCAUACUACUUUCACCACGUGAAGCACCACCACGUCGAAGGCAACGGCCCAAAUGACCUCUCCUCAACGAUACGCUACCAGCGGGAUGAUGUUUGGCACUUCUUGCAUUAUCUUGGUAGAUUUUACUUCCUCAUCUGGUUCGACCUGCCGCGAUACUUUCUCCGCACUCGCAAGACCGAGCUCGCACUCAAGGCAGGUGCCUGCGAGAUUGCCAGCUAUGCUUUCUACUACACCUUGUUCACCUAUGUGAAUGCCCGCGCCACCGUUUUUGUCUACCUCGUACCGCUGGCAAUCAUGAGAUUAGGUCUGAUGAUUGGCAACUGGGGCCAACAUGCGUUUGUCGACGAGACGGAGCCCGAUUCGGAUUUCAGGUCCAGCAUCACUGUCAUUGACGUCGCCAGCAACCGGUACUGCUUCAACGACGGCUACCAUACUUCGCACCACCUGAACCCAAUGCGCCACUGGCGUGACCACCCUAUUGCUUUCCUUGCGCAGAAGUCUACGUAUUCUUCUGAACAUGCCCUCGUCUUCUACAACAUCGACUACCUCAUGAUCACAUUUAGCCUGCUGGCGAAGAACUAUGAACACCUCGCCAGAUGUUUGGUGCCCAUGGGCGAUCAGAUGAACCUCAGCAUAGAGGAAAGAGCAGAGCUGUUGCGGAGCAAGACGCGCAGGUUCAGUGAGGAGGAGAUUGCCGCGAAGUGGGGCAAACAAUUCGCGAGACUCAAGUAG